AUGGGGGAGUCCUCAGACCAACUUGAGUCCAGUGACUUAGUGUCCACUUCUGCCCCCCUGGAGCCGGACAGCCCUAGAGGAUGGGAGCAGCUGGAGCAGAGGGUGGCUUUGCUGCAGACUGAGGUGGUGGCACUAGGCACACACAGGGACCACUGCGAGCGCGCCAUGCUCGGGCUGCUGCGGGAGCUGCUUCAGGUGCGCACCCGCCUGCAGCAGCAGGAAACAGAGCUGGGGGCGCUGCAGCGCGAGGUGCAGAGGUCGGCCAGGAUCCCCGAGAAGGAGGCUCCGCAGGUGAGAGGUCCAUCGGGGCAGAGGCAAAUGCAGAUUCUGGACAAGAGACUACUGGAGGUCCGGGACACCCUGAGUCGCAUCAGGAGGCAACAGGCACUGCAGGAUUCGGAGCGGAAGGGAGCAGAGCAGGAGGCUGCACUCAGGUUCGCCCAGCUGUCAGAGGAACUGAAGCAGGAGGGUCAGGCACGGGAAGCAGCCUGCGGCUCCCUUCGGCAAGGCCAGGAGGAGGCCAGCCAGAAGGUGGAGCUGGACAUGGCCCGGAUGCAGGCGCAGGUCACCAAGCUGGGGGAGGAGAUGAGCCUGCGGUUCCUCAAGAGGGAGGCCAAGCUGUGUGGCUUCCUGCAGAAGAGUUUCCAGACUCUGGAGAAGCGGAUGAAAGUCACAGAGACCAUGCGGCUCAAGGCCGAGGACAGCCUGCGAGAGGAGCUGGACAAGCGGUGGCAGAAGCUGCAGGAGCUAGAUGAGGCGCAUCUGCAGGCAUUGCGGGAGCAGUGGGAGCAGGAGGAGCAACGUCUCACUGAGCGGUGUCAGAGCCUGGACGAGACCGUGGUCCGCUUGACCACGUUUGUGCGGCAAAACCAAGUGUCCCUGAACCACAUCCUGGUGACUCAGCAGAAGGCACUGGAUACCAAGGGGCAGCUGGAGGAGAGCCGGGCAGAGGAAGUAGCCUCCUAUCUACAGGAGAGCCAGGACAGCCUGGAGGCCAUGCGGAUGGCAGGGGCAUUGGCACAGCGGAAGACUCAGGAUGCCCUGGAGUUGCUCCGGGAAAAGAAUCAGGCCCUGGACUCAUCUGUGGCCCAGCUAGUCUGGCAGAUAAAAGACCUGAGCGACCACUUUCUGGCCCUGACUUGGAGGCUGGACCUGCUGGAGCAGACGCUAGGCCUAAGGCUGAAUGAGGCAAAGAGCGAAUGGGAGCACCUCCAGCAGGACCUCCAGGCAAGCCUGGCUCAGGGCCAGCAAGAAAUGGAGACACAGCUGAGGGAAGUGCAGGAGACGGUGGCUAGCCUGCCCCGGCAGAUAGAGACUCUCUGGGACAAGUGUGUCUUUCAUAAGACGGAUUUGGACCUCAGGAUCUCUGCUGAAGGGCAAACCAGAGAGAUGGCGCUUGGGGCCUUGCAGCAGGACCUGGCUGCACUGCUGGGUGCUGUGCAGCUGCUCAAGGACGACAACCCUGGGCGCAAGAUCGCUGAGAUUCAGGGCAAACUAACCACGUUUCAGAACCAAAUCUUGAGACUGGAAAACAGCAUGCAGGACCACAAGGCCAUCCAGAACCUCAAGUUUAAUACGGAAACCAAGCUGCGCUCGGAGGCUAUGGCUGCCCUGCGAGAGAAUGUGAUGCGUCUAUGGGCUGAGCAAGGCUGGGGGACACCGGCGCGGCAACAUCUCUUCAUCAAGGACGCAGCUCCCGACAUGCUGGUCCCCAUGAACCGCUGGGGCGUCUACCAGGCCUUGAGGUGGCUACAGUGGAAGACGAUGCUCCUGGGCCUUCUGCCAAAGCGUAGGCCUAGGCCUCGGCCUCUCGACGCUGCCGCUGCCGUGCAUCCACUCCGGCACCACCAACAGCCCCCGCACCAGCCCAAGUCACUGCCUCUGCCCCCCAAAUAAAGCAGCAGUACCUUUUUCUGUCAGAA